AUGAGUGAACAUCACACACUUCCAGAACUACGCACAAGUACAUCUGGAGGUGGUGAAGUAGGUCGGACUCGAGCCAAUGACGAUACCUUUGAUACUUUGUUUGCUUUGAAGAAUCUGAGCAAUAGUGCCAGUGGUAAUGCCUAUUUAAAUGCACAACUACCACAACAACAACAACAACAACACCGAUCGUCUUCAUCCUCAGCGAGGUCAGACUCAACUACUAGCAGCACUAGUGGAGCAUUGCCACCAAUUGGAAGGUCUUCAUAUCAAAUGCAAUCCAGUCGCUACAAUACCAAUCCUCGUCACGUUGAUCGUCUGGCUGACUUGAUCGAUGGUGAUACAUCCUCCGAUGACGAUAGACUCUUGCAGCAACAGAUCCAAAUGCAACAACAGCAACAACUACUGCAACAACAACAACAGAGACAUAGACAACUGCAGCAGCAGCAGCAAAUGCUACAACAACAACAACAGAGGCAUCACACCCAAACUACAUCCAUGUUCCCGUCAUUAUCCGACACUGACAAUGAUGAACUGGAUCAGGAACUCAACACCACACGCAGCAGAUCACCCUCACCAACACGCUCUCAUCACAUCCUGCAGAAACCAAUGACGGAACAUUAUUUUCCACCAACAACAACAACAACGACAACGUCAACACACACGACACAUGGAGGCGGCAGUAGUGGUAGUAGUCAUUCCAGACACAUGUUACAUCAUGACCCUCCAAUUGGUCACUCCUCAUACCACCGAUCAAGGUCGCCCUCUCCAAACCCCAUGCAACAACAUCAUGAUAUAUUACCCAGACAUACGCAUUAUGGUGGCAGCAGUAUAAUGGCACCAAAGUCAUCGAUCUCAUCCAUAUUGAACUCCUCCGAGGACAUUCCAACGGCCAUUGGUAAUCCCUUUGAAUUCACGUCCAACUCGCACAGUGCCUUUAGCAGUAUCAACAGUAGUAGUGGCGGACAUGGUCACCACGGCAGCAUUGGACAGAGUGGCGGCAACAUCUACAAUCAACGGCCCACACAGUUGAGGACGUCCACCAGUUCGAUGUCAUACUCCUCCAAAGCACUCAACAGUAGUACUAGUUCAAAGAGUGGUUUGGGGGACAGUGGUAGCUCGGUGAAAAAGCAUCUGCCAGCUACAACAGCGUCAGCGUCAGCGUCAUCACCCAGACAAUCACCUUCUCUAUCAUCUUUCUCAGGCUCCAGGGUAUCAAAGAAGCAAAAGAAAGAGAUUCUUGACCUUCUCACAGAGCAUGACAAUGACAAACAUAUGACGACCUAUGCAUCCUCUACAUUGGGCUCCCCUCCCCCUCCUCUUUCACUAGGCUCCUCAAGUGGAUACCUGCCAACGUACUCGAGCAGUGGCAGUGGUGGCAGCAGUGCCCCUAGCAGCAACAGUGGCAGCAGGAGACCCAAGUCCAAUGGCGGCAACAACACUUCUAAAGUUGCAGCUAUCCAAGACAUACCAUUCUCUGACUCUGAGGGAGAGAUGCCAAUGAUAUCAGAGAGCGAAUACCAAGCAAUGCUCAAGGAGCAUGUCAAGGAGAAGAGUCUCAAGCGCAAGAAGGUAUUGAAUGAGUACGCCAAGGACCUGAAUGGGUAUGAUGAGUACUCAAUCGAUGACAAGAAGGAGAGAAAGAAGGUCAAACUGAUGAAGAGGUUUGAGAAUGACAUCCAGAGGGAGAAGAAUGAUCGCGAUAGCAAGAGGAAGAAGAAGAAGAAGAUAGAUCUAUACAAGGACAAGGACAAGAUCCUAAUGGACAAGAUCAAGAUGUCAUCUCAAGUGCCUCAACAACAACAGCAGCCACAACAACAACAACAGCAACCGUUCCAAUCCACUGGUCCUUCAUUGUUGGCUGCCUCUGCCACUUCUUCCUCAUCUGCCAAGAAGAAACCAAACAUGGGAGUGCCUCUCACAACAAGCAACUACAAGGGACUGUUUAGUGAUCAAGAGUUCUCAGAUGAUGAGUUUGAAGAGAUGCUGGAGAAGGAGAAGAAGCGAAAGAGGGAGAAGGAUCGUGAGAAGGACAAGGUCAUCAUCGAGCGCGAUAAGGACAAGGAGAGAGAGAAAGAGAAGGAGAAAGAGAAAGAGAAGGAAAAAGAAAAGGAGAAGGACAAGUUGCUGGAGCGAGAGAAGGACAAGAAGAGAGAGAAGGAGAGAGAGAAAGAGAGAGAAAGGGAGAAGGAGAAGGAGAGAGAGCUGCGACUGAAGGAGAAGGAACGAGAGAAAGAGAAAGAGAAGGAAAAGGAGAGAGAGAAGGAGAAGGAGCGACUGAGGUUAGAGGAGGAGGCCAAGCAGAAGAAGAUGACGUCCAUGGGAUGCAAGUAUGGCUACAUCAGGGAGCUGGAUAGCUCAUUCGACACCAAGUGGUCACAGCUCAUCAAAAAGCAGCUUCCAAAGGCACACAAGAAGUACACGACCAACCACGAGACUGGCAUGGUCAACUCGAAGAAGCUGGCAUCCACAAUGAGAUCCGAGAUAAAGAAGAGGGUCAUCAAACAGCCCAAGCCUGUCAAGGACCUUCAGCUGCGUUCAAAGAAGCUGGUCAAAGAGAUGGGACAGUACUGGAAGAAGUACGAGAAGGAUGAGCGUGAGGCAAAGAAGAGAGCAGAGAAGGAGGAGGCUGCCCAGCGCAAGCGUGUGGAGGAGGCCCGUGAGGCCAAGCGACAACAGAGGAAGCUCAACUUCCUUCUCACACAGACCGAGCUCUACAGUCAUUUCAUGAGCAAGAAGCUUGGACCUAGCCACAGUGCCGACACUGAGGCCCAGAAGGUAGCGACAGCAGACGACUCCUCUUCUGACGAUGACGACGAUGACUACGAUGACGAUGACGAUGACCUAGACGAGGAGGACAAGGAGGAGGAGAGGAGAUACAAGGUGGAGGCCGAGAAGAUAUCAUCAAUGGCAAUCGAUCAGCAGCUCCAAAAGACAGAUGCCUUUGAUAAAGACUUUGUCAAGCUCAAGGAAGAUUCGCUCACUGAGACUGCGACGACCACAACAACCACCACUACGACAGUUGCCUCUGGCGAGGGAGACAAAAUGAUCAUGGGUGAUGAACAGAUGGAGUUGAGCAAGACACUGAACAUUCAUGCGCUCAAUCAACCAACCAUACUCAAGGCAGACCUGAAAGCCUACCAGCUCAAGGGGAUGAGCUGGAUCGUCAACCUCUACGACCAAGGCAUCAAUGGCAUCCUUGCCGAUGAGAUGGGUCUGGGAAAGACCAUCCAAUCGAUCGCCGUGUUGGCACACUUGGCCGAAGAGAAGAACAUUUGGGGCCCAUUCCUCAUUGUCACGCCCAAGUCCACAUUGCACAACUGGAGGAAUGAGUUUGCCCGAUUCGUUCCAACAUUCCGAGUGCUUCCCUACUGGGGCAAUCAGAAGCAGCGCCAGACCAUCAGGAAGUACUGGAAUCCCAAGAAGCUCUACCAUCAGAACUCUCCCUUCCACGUGUUGAUCACAAGCUACAACGUCAUGGUACUCGACGAGAAGUACUUCCACCGCAUCCGUUGGCAGUACAUGGUGCUGGAUGAGGCACACGCAAUCAAGAGCUCAUCAAGCAAUCGUUGGAAGACUCUCAUGAGCUUCAACUGCAGGAACCGUCUGCUGUUGACUGGUACACCUAUCCAGAACAGCAUGGCCGAGCUGUGGGCUCUGCUGCAUUUCAUCAUGCCCACCCUCUUUGACUCACAUGAUGAGUUUGCAGAGUGGUUCUCCAAGGACAUUGAGAACCAUGCACUGACACAGGGUGGACUGAACGAGCACCAGCUCAAUCGACUACACCUUAUCCUCAAGCCUUUCAUGCUUCGUAGAAUCAAGAAGGACGUAGAGAAUGAGAUGCCACCAAAGCGCGAGGUUGAGGUUGCGUGCUCGCUCACCGUGCGACAGAAGAAGCUGUAUCAAGGUGUUCGUGCCAAGAUAUCGCUGUCUGAGCUGCUCAACAACAGUCUGUCAGAGAGUGGCAUGAAGCAUCUCAUGAACUUGGUCAUGCAGUUCAGAAAGGUGUGCAACCACCCCGAGUUGUUUGAGCGCAGUGAGUGUCGCUCCCCCUACCAGUUCCAACAGGUACAGUCAGAGAGCUACGUACCAUUUGGAGAGCUGAUACCAGAGUACAAGAAGACACUCAACAUUGCCAAUCGCAAUCCAAUUGAGUACGUCAUGCCCAAGCUCAUCUUUAGGGAUGGCACGCCAGGUCUCGCCUUCUCCUACGGAUCGAACGAGCUACGCGAUAAGAUCUUGCACUCUACACUUUCAAUAUUCACUCCGCACUACAUCGGCCAAUCAUUGGACCAAGGUGACCGUUCAUUGGCGUCACUCUUUUCCUUUGUCGCUCUCAUCGACCUUUCACCAGGUCAGCUCUCAAGAAAGCACCAUGAGUCACUGCUCGAGUUGUAUCUGGAUGAUGAGACUCAAAGACUGCAACGAGACCCCGUAUUACACUACGUAUAUGACAACUAUCGCGAUGACCUUCCACUCCAGGUCAAGAGUAUGCUGCUCCAACCAACAUUCAUUUCGCCGUUGGCCCACCACUCGUUGGAAACAACGUCAUCCGCAAUCCUCGGUCACUUGAUUGAGUCACCUAUCGAGAGAUGCCAAUCGAACCAAUCGAUCAUCCAGUCGACAUUCACCCUCUAUCCCAAUGCCAUUGCCUGUCCCAUUGAGUGGAGUUGUCCAGAUCGAUCUUUCCUCGUACAGCAAAAGGACAUGUCUCUGUUUAGUCCUUUGGAGAACCAGCUCAUGUUUGGAUUCACCAACUCUACCAAGCUCACAGCUCACACUCCAACCACUUUGGAGUGCAUUUCAUCAUCCACUUCCAACACGAUCGACACAUUCAUGGACGGUCACGGCCUCAUGGGUGGUCUACACAAGAUCUUUGGUUCUUCGUCCAUCUUCAUACCAUCAUUCUCCAAGUCGUUGAACGAUAGUGGCAAGCUUCAGGUCCUUGACAAGCUAUUGCGCCAGCUCAAGAAGGAAGGUCACAGGGUGCUCAUUUACUGUCAGAUGACCAAGAUGAUCAAUAUUCUAGAGGACUUUGUAAUCUUUAGGAAGUACAAAUAUCUAAGAUUGGAUGGUUCCAGCAAGUUGGAGGAUAGAAGAGACCUUGUGGACGACUUCCAAACCGAUCCCUCCAUCUUUGUCUUCUUGCUCAGUACCAGAGCGUGUGGUAUAGGUAUCAAUCUGACAUCAGCAGACACUGUCAUCUUCUUUGACAGUGAUUGGAACCCUACAAUGGAUGAACAAGCCAUGGACAGAUGUCAUAGACUGGGACAGCAGAAGCCAGUCACUGUUUACCGUUUGGUCACCAAGGGUACAGUGGAGGAGAGAGUCAUCAAGAGAGCCAAGCAAAAGCAUCAGAUACAAUCGAUUGUGAUUGCAGGAGGCAAGUUCGAGAACGAGAUGCGACCAACCGAGGUCGUUUCAUUCUUGUUGGAUGAUGACGAGGUUGAGGAGAAACGUACGUAUAGGAUACUGUUGGCAGUUACAAAUGACAAAGAACUAACAGAGGAUAUGCUUCAUUUAGUUCGAAGAGAGAUUGAUCCAGUCACUGGUAAGAGGAGGUCAUCAGCUGAGGCGACUGUACAGGACAAGCCAUUCUCGCCGAGCGAUAUUCCAACCACUACUAAGCCUACCAAAGGCAGGGGAUCAAAGGCGGCAGCAACAGCAACAACAUCGACCACUGCAACAUCGACAACAGACAUUGCCAAACCCAAAGAUCCUCCAAAGAGGAAGGGUCCCAAGCCAGGUUUCAAGAGGAACAAGAACCCUUCCUCCACAGACAGUCCCUCCACUCCUGCAGUGAUAUCUCCUCCACCUACCACCACGUCACCAACAGGAGAUAAUGGAACAGUAACUCCAGCUGCCCCCUCCACAACACCAAAGUCCCCUACAGACAAACCGUCCAAGUCAAGUACCAAGGCAAAGAAACCCAAGAAGGAGGCCGCUGCCUCCAAAACCCCCAAGGCUAAGACAACCAAGACCAAGAGCACAAAGCAAUCAGGAGAGACAAAGAAAGAAUAA